CGUGUCGUUUUCUUCACGUUACGAACUAUAAUUGUAGGAAGCGACGCGCCGCGUCUCCGCUCGGCGGUAACGACGCCGCUUCUCAGCUGGACGCGCUGCGUUGGACACGGACACACACGCACGCACACACGCACACACACGCCGCCGUGGUCCCGCUGAUAGCGCGUCUGUUGAUACAAUACAUUGAUAUUGUUUUUGUCCCCUCGCUGCUCUGCGUUGUCUCCAAUGUGGCCUUCGAGGGCUUCUCGCGGCGCGUCGCAAGGGACCCGUGGAGCCGCGCGCCCGACGGGAACAGCCCCGUUCCGGGGCGCUGCUCCCCCGUCAAAGGCGACAUUGUGUCCGGUCCGGAGGCUGCUGCUGCGGACAGGACGGUGUGAUUUACUCCCCGUCCCUCCCCCUAUAACCCCUCCCUGCCCCCUGCUCCCCCCGCGGCGGUCGGGUCAGCAGAGCGGGCUGCGGGUUAGACAGCAGCCCGCUGAUGUGCACUACAGCGCGGAGGCUUGUUGACUUGUUGACGCGAUGCUGCGUAAAAGUCCCCAAAUAUAUGAACGAAAAUAAAAGUCGUGGAAGUGUAGCGAUCUAUUGCUUCAAACUAUGAGGCAGACGGGUGGAGGGAGUAGACGGGUGGAGGAAACAGGCGGGUGGGUGAGGGGUCAGCUGCAUUUAAACGCGUCCUCGUUAAAGGUGCUUUCAGCAAAACGGAAUAUCGCAAGUGUUUGAUGUGCAAACGUGGCCUCGGUAUUAUAAUGAUAAUAUAUUAUUCAUAUUACUGCUAUAGAUCAUCAAAUGUCUGUAUUUGAAUUUCAAUCAAUGCAUCACAGUCUUUAAAACCCUCAUUUAUCUUGCAAAGUGUUGCUGUCCUAUUGAAGUCGAGUAAAAUUACUACAAUAAUGUAGAUUUGAUUUUACAUUCUCUUUUUCCUGCUGUUAUCGGGAUUCAAUUUCCACAUCCCACCGCAGACAGAACCUCUUGAAUGUGUCCUCCACCCUGCUACGCCUGAUUUAAUAUACUUUUAUGGGGCAGCCGUUGCCUCCCCGGCGUGCAGAGAGGAAGAGGAGUGUAGCCGGCCGCCUCUGGAGAGGCUGAUGAUGAUUUUCCGAGUCAAUGGUCCCCUCUCAGCUCCAGGAAAGAAGAAAUAAUGCGAUGACUGCUGCAGGAGAGCUACACAGAAGAGUGUCGGAGCACCGGAGAUUAAAAAAAAAAAGGGGGGGGAAUUAGGAAACAUGCAUCACGAUGGAGAUGUAAGGCCAUCUCUCUCUAUGAAGAGAGAUGGCCUUACCAUGUCUUUCCACACAUGGAACAUAUCUCCUUGGUGAGGCGUGUAAACUGGCUGCAAUUGGCCCUCUUUCUUUCAAAGGCUGCUAAACAUUGAGGCUUUUCUUAUACUUCAGGGGUGUUCGGUGUUUAGAAGGUGCCGAUGCUGUAGCAUAAUGCACAGGAAGCCCAGAUAUGGGUACAGCAGGAUACUUGUCCAAUGCAAAAGUUAUUACUCUGCGGUAUGCGGAGCCUCGGGCGUGCACACAUUUGACGACUUCUUGUGAUUUUUCCUGCAGGGAGUUAAGUCAACGCAGAGGGCCGAGGGAGAAAUGCACUAAAAGAAACUGAAGCCAAUAAACGGCUGCAGAGGUGCGACCUUAUUUACGGCUGGUCAGUUGCGCUCGCGAGGAGCACAUUCCUGCGGCACGGCGGCAUCACGAUGAGCCCACCAGCCUCUGCUGUAGUUCCAGUUCUUCUACCUGUUUAUCGCCGUGGGGAGAGAUAGCUCAUGGACCUGGAUUCUGUUGCCAUGGUGACCUUGUAGCAACGCGCCCUAUGACUCCAAUCUGUUGCGCCGUUGAUCAAAUUAAAAAAGACCCAGCGAGCAGCAGUCACUAUGGGAACGUCCAGGAUGUUCCGUAUCUUCGUGGUCCUGGGCUCGGCCUUCAUGAUCCUCCUCAUCAUCAUCUACUGGGACGACGUCGGAGCCUCCCGCCUGUACUUGCACACCCCCGUCUCGCCGGGCCCCAAAAUCCCGCACCCCGCCCCUCCUCGCCCUCAGCGGCCCCAAACCUCGCGGACGCCGUCCUUCCUGUCCGACAUCGACGCUUUCGUCAACCAGUUCCUGGAGCCGGGAACCGGCGAGCCCACGGACCCCGCCCCCGCCGACACAGGCAACCAAUCGGAGAAAGCUGAGGAGCGGUACGUCCCGCGGCGGGAGUGGAAGAUCCACCUCACUCCACUGGCAGCCGAGCUGCGGGAGAGACAGGAGCAGCGGCGGCGGUUACUCCAGGAGAUGUGCGCUAACGACAGCCUGGUGUUUCCUGGCAAAAACCGCUCCUUCGACGACAUUCCCAACAGGGAGCUGGAUCACCUGAUCGUGGACGACAGGCAUGGCGUCAUCUACUGCUACGUCCCCAAGGUGGCGUGCACCAACUGGAAGCGCAUCAUGAUAGUCCUCAGUGAAAGCAUGCUGCGGGACGGCGUCCCACAGAGGGACCCGCUGGCCGUCCCCAGGGACCUGGUCCACAACAGCAGCAUGCACUUCACCUUCAACAAGUUCUGGAAACGUUACGGCAAGUUCGCCCGGCACCUGAUGAAGGUCAAGCUGAAGAAAUACACCAAGUUCAUUUUCGUGCGGGGACCCCUUUGGUGCGCCUCAUCUCCGCCUACCGGGAAUAAAAUUCGAGCUGCGCAAACGAGGACGUUCUAUCGGGCGCUACGCCCAGGGUCAUGGCUGCGCCGCUACGCCAACAAGCUGAUGCCUCCCGCCUGUGUGGACGAGGCGUUAGGCGUGGGCGUCCACCCCACCUUCUCCAACUUCAUCCAGUACCUCCUGGACCCGCAGACGGAGAAGGAGAUGCCCUUCAACGAGCACUGGCGCCAGGUGUACCGCCUCUGCCACCCGUGCCAGAUUCAGUACGACUUCGUGGGCCACCUGGAGACGGCGGAGGAGGACGCCGAGCACCUCCUGCGCCAGCUGCGCGUGGACAACGUGGUGGAGUUCCCCACCUCCCACAGGAACCUCACGGCCAGCACCUGGGAGUCCGAUUGGUUCGGCUCGGUGUCGGCCGAGGCUCGGAGAGAACUCUACAAGCUGUACGAGCCCGACUUCAGGCUCUUUGGCUACGACAGACCGGACUCCAUCCUCAACGAGUGACCGGCAUUCUACCGGACCCACCACACACACACACACACACACACACACACACGUUCUCCAUGGUAUAAUGCUCCCCUUGUUCUGGGGUUUGCAGGUGUUUGCUCCGGUCUUGUGUGUGUGUGUGUGUGUCCUACACUGAGCGUGCACAUCGUUGGGGACACUCGCUGUUUUUAAAGAAGCACACAGCAAUGAGGUGAAUCCCGGCUAACAGCCAUUAUCAAUCGUUGUUUUCCCCUCAUGAAUCACAGAGAUAACGAUAAGCACACGGUGGGGUAGCCGGCGUACGGAUCGUGCAAGCGGUGCGUGUCCCCGAGCGUGUCCUACGCUCAGUGUAGUCCUUAACCCCCCACCCACCCCCGUCGAGGCCCCUCUCCCGCCGCUGAUGUCACGUGACGUGAGCCGCCGUGUGACGAUCACGCAGGCUUUGUAGCAGGACGCCAAGGUGAUGUCACAGAGCCGUACCCCGCGUGUUCGUGAUGUCAUGGAAGCCAACACAUAUGCAAUGGACAGGGAGACGUGUGGCGACUAGGGAAAACAAGGUGUUACGAGAUUAGCUUUUAGAUUGUCAGUAUUUCACAUCGUGAAUGUGCAAACGUCAAGGCGGAGGACGAAAGGGACUUUUAAGGUGAAAGAAGACGAAUGAUGACAUCAGACAUGGGAGGAGUGCUUUUAUACCUAACACGCAGCUUAAACCGAUCAUAUGUUACGCAAGACCGUUGCGGUUUCAGAGCGGAGGAGUCCAUUUGGUUACAUUCCCAGGAGCAUUGCAGACAACGCGUUCGCAGCGAGCUCCAUUUGACCAGCGUGAAGUCGUCCCCCCCUCCGCCCCCCCGUGUGGAAGCACAGCCUUUCCAGUGGACCUAAAGGCCGCACAGCUGGCUUUGUCUCAGCUCGCCUCUCAGGCAGAACACCUUGUUUUUUCCACAUUCUUUUCAUUUCAUCUGCACAAAGGUGAGCUUCUGUGCGUUCACACCGGGACCCAGGGAUCGUUAUCUUUUAAUGCUUGUUGUGUUGCCAUGGCGCUGCCAUCAUAAGCAUUUGAUCGCACACGAGCUGCAGUUAUUAACGGUGACCUACAUCGGGUUACCCUGGAGACUGCGGCGGGGCGGUGUCACGGGCAGCACUUUCACAGGAUGUUGGCGCGAGGAGCUGUGCACAUCAUGGGAAGCCAACACAGGUUGUUUUCUUGUUUCUUCUUCUUGUAUUGGCAGUGAAAAUCCAUCACUCCACAAGUGAGGUUGUUGCCAGUAAUUAAUGGAGGUGGUCCGGAUCAAUCGUGGUUCCGGCGUGGAUUGGGCUGCAUCUUUUAUAUGAGAAGAGGGGGAAGGUCAGACAGUGCCUUUUGGUUGCAAAAGUUUACACAGCAAAAAAAAAAAAAAAAAAGUAUUUUUGUAGGAGGACUUUUACUUUGUGAAAGGUAUAUUUGAUAUACUGGGCCUUGUUCAUCUCGUGUCGUUAUUCUUUGGAAAGAAUAGGAAACAGCAGAGCCCUUCGUGGGGAUUCUGCCUCUCGUCUGCACUCGUGUCCAGUGGUUUGCUUUCUUUGUGUGUCCUUCAACGCGGGUUCACUGUGUGGUUUGUACUGUAAGUGAUUUAUUCUGUGAGUCACACCUUCUGCCUUCUGGGUUAUUCGUUUUGUAAAAGUACGGGGCGUUUUUGGCCCGUGAAUGUCUGGGUCGGGUGUUCUGGAUAGAUGGCAUUCAUUCGGAAUCAAUAAGUGGUUUUCUGCGAUCGUCGUGUGGUGCGUUGGUUUUUUUCCCAUGUAGAUCUAAAUGUUCACACAGAAAAGCAGGUAGAUGCUUAGAGCAAAAACAAAGGAACAGUCAUCCCACCCUCCCUCCUCACCAGUGUUUGUUUUUAUAUCUCUUUUGUAUUUUUGUUAUGCUCUUUUGUCGUGUUUUUUCGUUUCACCGGCUUCAUCUGAGAACUUUUGUUCUCCGCUGUAUUUUCUGUAAAAGGGCAAACAGCAACAUCAGAAGAUGAAUCAUAGUGUAAGGGAAAAGAAAACGGUUUAUUCAUUAGCAGAAUAAAACCUGAAUACGUGCUGCUUCUGAAGUGGGUGUUAAUAGAUCUUUAUGAAGAUUGGUUUGACUGAUGGUGUUUUGUUUUUGUUUUUUUUGGGCAGCGAUCUGCCGCUUCAACAGCACUGAUGCUGUUAAACAGCUUAAAUGUCUGUUGACCUACCUAAAUAACUUAAUUAUUCAUGUUUUUGUUAAACAUUUAUUAAUAUUUCAUGAAGUCACAAGAGUUGUUGUCUGACAAACCUGCUCCCUCUCUCAUGAAUAAGGGGAAAUGCAAAGUGUUCAUUCAGACUCAUCAGUGUAAUGAUGUCACCCAUCAUCUGCUCUUUGUACAAGAGAAAUAAAGGUUUUGGGGCAUGAUGAAUA